AUGGUUAAGUUUACCGCGACCCUUGUUGCUGCUCUCGCUGUCUUCGCUCCCGCCGCCGAGGCCAAGACUUGCAAGAAGAGCUUGACCUACUGCGGUUACAUUCUUCUUCAGAGAGGAAACUACUACGACCAGAUCCGUGGGGCCCUCUCAGAUGCUGGCAAGCCUAACAAUGACCCCAACUGGAUCAACCAAUCCCGGUUCUAUUGUGUUGGUGGCUCCGACGGAUCCAUCCGCUACGUUGACCAUUGCUCCAACUGCAAGAAUGGAGGAAACGGCCACAGCGACUUCUGCUAG